GAAAAGUUAUUAAAAAAAAUCAUCGAAAAGCGACCACAUCCGAAAAUUUGGUCGCCGACAUGUUCAAUGAGAUAACUUCGUGGGAUCAAUUUCCUUUUGCAUCUGAAAAUGAUGAGGAAAUUAACGUUAACAUUAAUAGUAAUGCUUAUUACAUGUAUCAUGAUUAUGGCUCAAUUAGUCUUACCAUCAAACCAAUUCAUCACUAA